AUGGCGAAAGGAACAGCAUCUCCAGCCAAAAAGUCUGCGAAGGUCUCCGGACCCACCGCCUCUCCAGCGAUACUCAAGAAGAGCAAGGCUCCAACCCCGUCGCCCGAGCCAGAGUCCGCAGAUAGCCACGUCGGUAGCGGGGAUCAAGAUGAAGCAGACCAAGUAAAUCGUGCUGGCUCCGACGAUGGUGUAACCGGCUCGGACAGCGAUAGUGAUAGUGAUAGCUCCUCAUCCUCCGCCUCCAACGACGCAGCAACAUCCACCGCCCACGCCCAAGAAGAGGACCACAAAAAAGGACCCUCCAUCACCCCCACCGGCUCCACCAUCGCAUUCUCCGACCUAGGUGUAAUCCCACAAAUCGUCGAAGCAUGUACCAACAUGGGUUUCAAACACCCCACCCCUAUCCAAGUCAAAUCCAUCCCUGAAGCGCUCCAAUCUCGAGACGUGAUCGGUCUUGCACAAACCGGCUCCGGAAAAACCGCCGCUUUCACAAUCCCCAUCCUUCAAGCGCUUUGGGAUAAUCCAAAACCCUUCUUCGCCUGUGUUCUCGCACCUACGCGUGAGUUGGCGUAUCAGAUCAGCCAGCAGGUCGAGGCGUUGGGCUCGACAAUCGGCGUUCGAUCAGCUACGAUUGUAGGUGGGAUGGAUAUGAUGAGUCAGUCUAUUGCCCUGUCCAAGAGGCCACAUGUCAUUGUGGCUACUCCGGGAAGGUUGCAGGAUCAUCUGGAGAAUACUAAAGGCUUUUCGUUGAGGGGAUUGCAGUAUUUGGUUAUGGACGAAGCGGAUCGUUUGCUCGAUAUGGAUUUCGGUCCUAUCAUUGAUAAACUCCUUCAAUCAAUCCCGAGAGAGAGACGGACGAUGCUGUUUAGCGCUACGAUGACUACUAAAGUUGCCAAACUCCAACGUGCCUCCCUCAAAAACCCGGUCAGAGUGGAGGUGGAUACCAAGUAUACGACCGUAUCAACGCUCAAACAGCACUACUUGUUCAUGCCUUUCGCACACAAGGACACGUAUCUGGUGCAUCUGGCCAACGAACAAGCAGGGCAUUCGAUCAUUGUCUUUACAAGGACCGUGCAUGAUUCGCAGCGGUUGUCGAUUCUUUUGCGAUUGCUUGGGUUUCCCGCGAUUCCACUGCACGGACAGUUGAGUCAACAAGCCCGUCUAGGUGCACUCAACAAGUUCAAAACCGGCGGCCGAUCAAUUCUCGUAGCGACCGAUGUAGCUUCAAGAGGUCUAGAUAUCCCAGCGGUAGAUUUGGUGGUGAACUACGACAUCCCCACAAACUCGAAAGACUAUAUUCAUCGAGUAGGUCGUACAGCUCGAGCAGGUCGAUCAGGCCGAUCAGUAACGCUGGUUACGCAGUACGACGUGGAGUUGUUACAGAGGAUUGAAGCUGUGAUUGCACUUAAAAUGACCGAGUUUCCGGGAGGGAAUGAUAAAGAGGCGGUAAUGUUGCUGAGUGAGAGAGUGGCAGAGGCGCAUAGGGCGGCGGUGAGGGAGUUGAAGGAUAAAGGUGUCGGUGGAGCGGGAGGGUCGGGGAAGAGAAAGAGGAAGAUGGAUGGGAAAUAUGGAGACGAAAUGGAUAGAGAUGAUGAUCAGGUUCAACCUGGGAUGCCGGUUAGUGGGAAUGGUAGACAUAUGAAUCAGAAUAGGAAGAAGGGAAGGCGCUGA